AUUUGCCCUCGAUAGAACACAGCAACAACUUGACAAACAAUGCCCGCACCUAGCUUCUGAGACACGGCAGCUUUUGCUGCUCUUGUCUCCUCUUUCGCAUAGCCUCAACCAUCUUACAUGAUAUGAUAAGAUGGCUCCAACAUAUCCAUGGGGUGGAUCGAAACCCAAGCAGACAACCAAACUGAACAACACGAGCUUCCCAAGCUUGAAAGACAACGAAGCCAACAAGCCUGCUCCAGAAUCCGAAUAUAACCAAAUCCAGGAAGACGAGCUGCUUGUGCUCGGAGCCAUCUAUGGCGAUGACUUUGAACGUGAAGAUACCAAGCCAGGUGCAUGGAAGAAAUUAGAACCGACCUUCAACAUUCGGGUUACCUCUGCGACUGAAAACCUAUCCGUGGUUCUCCAUGUGGUAUUCACGGCCACAUAUCCCAAGUCGGCCCCGGUCCUCACUCUCAAGUUCCCUCGCAGUCUUCGGGAGGGGACCAAGUUUAAACUUCAAAAAGUGGUCGAGACAAAGGCAGCUGAGAUGGCUGUUGAGCGACCUAUGGAGCCCAUGAUCCAUGAGAUCGGCGAAGCUCUGAAGGAAAUUCUUGAUGGUGCGGCAGAAGCAGAGGCUGCUGGACGAGAAAUUCCAAGCUUGGAAGAGGAGAGAGCCAUGCACGAGACUGCUGUUGCUCUUAAAGCUGCAAAGGAGGAAGAGGAGCAAGCUGCUCGCGAGAGAGCGGCCCAGAUCGCUGAAGAAGAGAGGUUAACUGCCGAUGCUCAAGUUCUGGUUGCAAGAUAUGAAAAGAAUACCAAAGACUCACGGAGAAAGAGCAAAGCUCCAGUUGCGUAUGAAGACCAGAUUGUUGAUGAAGAUCUCGAGGAAAUGAGAGCGGUUGUGGCGUUUGACGAGCCCAUCAAGCUUAUUGACGACUUUGAUAAUGAGAGAACUUUCCAAGCAGUUACCAGCUAUUACAGGAUCCGCCAAGGUCCUGUAUCGGAAUGCUUCACAGCACGCCCGGUCCUCAAAGGUGAUCCUAUUCAGUUGUUGGUGUUGAAGAAGACAACUAUUCGGAGUAGCGAGAACAACAAGAAAACCGAAUUCAGAGCCCAACUGGCGGGACUAGAGAGAGAGAUCUCCACUCUGAUGAAAAUCGAUCGGGAUAACAUCUUGCGCAUUUAUGCCUAUAAACUGACAAAGGAGAGCGAUACAAAUGCAGCUUCGGAUGGCCUAUGGACUCUUAGUAUUCUGACCGAAUAUGGAAACAAAGGAUCGCUUGAAGAAUGCCUCGAUAUCUCAGGGAGUCUCAUGGCGGAGAGAGUUAAGUCCUGGGCCAUGGCACUGCUUGACGCGUUAACUUAUCUCCACUCUCAAGGAAUCACUCAUCGAGACCUCCAUGCCUCGAAUGUUCUGCUUGUAAGAUCCCCUUUGGGAGUUGUAACGCCUAAGAUCGCAGACGUAGGGUUUCAGCACCGCUUGCACACGUUGAAAAACGCGACGUCUCCCGGGAAACUCGAGCUUGCUAGAUCGGUUUAUUGGGUCCAACCAGAGAACGUCAACUCUGAGAGACCUCAGUACACCGACAAGACGGAUAUAUGGGACUUCGGUAUCAUCUUUUUGCAGAUGAUCUGGGGACUCGGUGUUUUGAGAGAAUUUUCUGCACCACAAAGAAUUCCAGAAGAACAAGUUGUUUCGAGAUCGCUAGAGGACAUGAUCCGCAAACUGUUCUCGCCUGACCCUAGGAAACGCCCCCGUGCCAGCGAUCUCAAGAUGUCAACAUUCCUAACAACAACUGAGGGAACGGAUGACGAAGUAUCGAUGCCGCUGCCCAAAUCAGGAUCAUCCAUAGCCCUGACCUCGUUGUCGGCGAGGCGUGGUUCGAAGGUAGAUCACCGUCCCCUUCACUUCAGCAGAUACCACGAGGACUUCAUUCAAGAAGGAAGACUUGGGAAAGGCGGCUUUGGCGAGGUUCUCAAAGCUCGCAAAAAGCUUGACGGGCAGUUCUAUGCUGUGAAGAAGAUAACUCAGAAGUCUUCAUCCAGUUUAGAAGAGAUUAUCAAGGAAGUUCAAUUCCUAUCUGCUCUUCGCCAUCCCUAUAUCGUCCAGUACCAUAAUUCCUGGACUGAAAUCAUUCCAGACACUGGAGACGCAGACGCCGACACAGAGCUUGACUCUUCAACUGCAGAUGGAACAACAGGCGCCUCUCCUGGAGACAAUGGUUUGAGGAUUGAGUUUGGAACGAGCACCGGAGGUCUUGAUUUCAUAAGCUCGUCCCGCUACAUUGAAUUUGAUGACGACGAUGACGCUGAUACAGCCUCCGACGACGAUGACGACAACGAGGAAGCAAUUAUAGAUGACGAGGAUGAAGCGUCUUCAUUGAGUGUCCCAGCAAUCCAGCAUAGGAAUAGGCGCCAACUAGCUCUGACCCGUACACGCUCCGACUCACGACCAGCUGGGAUUACAGUUCUUUAUAUUCAGAUGGAAUAUUGUGAAGGCAAAACCCUUCGAGAUGUAAUCAAGCGAGGCUCACUUCUGGACAACGUUGAUGAAAUUUGGCGCCUCCUUCGGCAGCUACUUGAGGCUCUAAAGUACCUUCACGGCAACAAUGUGGUACACCGCGAUCUUAAACCUGAGAAUGUGUUUAUCGACGGGGCUUCGAACAUCAGACUGGGAGAUUUUGGUCUGGCUACAUCAGGUCAAUAUACCAUACCAGAGACGCUAUCUUCUACCCAGGGCACUCAUGAUAUGACGACCAAUAUCGGGACAGCUAGUUAUGUAGCUCCCGAAGUAAUGCUCGGCGCGGAUUACACGAGUAAGGUCGAUCUAUACUCUCUCGGGAUUAUCUUAUUCGAGAUGUGCUAUCAUCCUAUUGUUGGCAUGGAGCGUGCUGAAGUGCUGAAAGAGCUCCGAAACCCAAAGACCAUACUGCCCAGCGAUUUCCAGGCCGACAAGAAGGGUCACUUUGGGGAUAUAAUCCUCUCUCUUUUGAACCACGAUCCUGAGGUGCGACCCAGCAGCUCUUCUCUACUUGACAGCGGAAAACUCCCGGUACAGAUGGGCAGUGAAGCAAUCCAGUUAGCAUUGGCAAGUCUUCAAGAUCCCAAGUCUCCGUACUAUCCUAAGAUGAUGGCUGCUCUCUAUUCUCGCCCAACUGAUCAGGCGAAAGACUUGGCAUGGGAUAUGAGCAAUAAGAAACCUCCUGCGCCUGCCGACAGCAUCAUGCGAACCCAUGUUAAGGAGCAGCUCAUCUCCGUUUUCAGACUUCACGGAGCUCUGGAGGUCCCGAGGCCAAUUAUGUUCCCACGCUCGUCUUACUAUGCGUCGGAUGCUGUCCAGCUCCUUGAACCUGGUGGCACCUUGGUCCAGUUGCGAUACGAUCUAACACUGCCCUUCGCCCGUUCCAUCGCCAAGAACCCGCCUAGAAUGCAGAACUCUUACGCCUUCGGGGACGUUUUUCGCGACAAAAGCGGAGGCCAGCCAUUGUCUUUCGGAGAAGUCAAUUUCGAUAUUGUAUCCGACUCACUCGACCUGGCGCUUAAAGAGGCGGAAGUUAUCAAGGUCCUAGAUGAGAUCAUCGCGUCGUUCCCUUGCAUGGCCACUGUGCCAAUGUGCUUUCAGCUCAACCACUCAGAUAUCCUGAACCUUAUCUUCGAUCACUGCGGAGUCGAUGCUGGUUGCCGAUUAAGCGCAACAGAGACGUUGAGCAAACUUCACGUUUCCCAGUGGACAUGGUCGAGAAUCAAGACUGAUCUCCGCUCCAACGGUCUUUCCGCAGCAAGCAUCGAUGAGCUUUCGUCGUUUGACUUCCGAGACUCGCCUGACAGAGUAUUCCAGAAACUAAAGACUCUCCUGGACGGCACUGAGGCCUUCAACAGAGCUUCUCCAGCUAUCGCCCAUCUCAAAGAUGUCGUCAAGUAUAUACAGCGAUUUGGCGUGACAAGCAAGAUUUUCAUUACCCCCUUGGGUAGCAUUCGCGAGAGAUUUUACAAGGGUGGCAUGCUUUUCUCCUGUCUUUAUGACAGAGACAAAAAGGAAGUCUUUGCAGCUGGCGGCCGCUAUGACAGUCUAGUGCGUGAGUUCCUACCUAAGACGGCUCGGCAGCCUGAGGUCUGCCAUGCUGUAGGAUUCAAUUUUGCCUGGGAGAAUUUGGCUCAAUCUAUGUUCUCAUACCACCAGAAAUCUAUCAAAAAACAGUCCAAAAAGCCUGCAAUUGAAUUGCGUGGUAUCUGGACGGGUAAACGAUGCGACGUCUUGGUGGGCAGCUUUGAUGGUCACGUAUUACGCUCUGAGGGAGUCAGCCUCAUGAAUGAGCUGUGGCGCAACCAGAUCAGCGCAGAACUUGCGGGUGAUGCUCGGUCACCGGAAGAUUUGAUGUCGAAGUAUAAGGACUAUGAUCACUUCUGGAUUGUUACAAUCAAGCAGGACUCCAUGGUCAAAAUCAAGACCAUGGGACGAAAGGACGUCGAGGAUGUGGACAUGGCGGAGAGUCAAGUAGUCUCUUGGCUUCGAGGCCAAAUACGCGAUCGCGAUCAUCGCGAGGGACAGAAUCUCAACAAGAUGGCGCGCCGCACCAGUAACAAUGACGGUCCUAUGGCUCCUCAUUUGAAGCAGCAGGUUCAUAUCCUUACCACUGGGACGAAAGCUAAGAAGGCCGCCCUUAAAAACAGCAUCCAAAACCAAGCCCAAGUAGCUGCUGCCAAGCUUGUGGAAGGGUUCCUGGAUGGCCAAGUUCUAGCUAUCGAGACUACGGACGAUGUUCUCUUCAAGAUCAAAGAGACGCCUCUUUCGGAUCCGGACAAGUGGAAGCAAUUGGCCCAGAGUGUUGGACCCGCAGAGAAGCGAUAUAUCCAGCAAAUUGAGGACCAUUUGAAAGGUCUUCUCGCGAAUAGGAGGGGUGAGCGUCGGAAUGCUUUCCUUUACAAUUCGCGGACAUCAAGCAUCAUUUACUAUGAUGUUUCAAUUUAGUCCACGGGCGGAAGGGCUAUGCUAUGACUUCGAAAGGCGUUUUCUAUUUAAGAGAGAAGACGGAUGAAUGAAAUGAAAUGAUUGAUGAUGGUACUGAGAAAUGACAAAAAAAAUGAGAAAGAUCUUCUGAUGGUCAAGACAGCGAGUUAAAUGCGAGUUGAUUCUGAAUUUAAUGUGUUUCGGCCCAACCGGUUAUAGGAAUCUGGGCUUGAUCAUGGACUGGCUGGCAGUUCGCGGACCGCUUAAGAUCCUGGAUGGGCUGGCACAAAUGCGAGUUAAAUGCGAAGAGCAUAUCUGUGAAUAAACAAGUCAUGAAUG